AUGCCAGUGUACUUCUGCGGGGCCUGUGGGCAUGCCUGCCAGGACCACUUCAGGUUCUGCGGUCAAUGCGGAGCGCCCUUGCCUCUGCCUGCGCCUGCUGGUCAUAGGCAGGGAGGCACAACCAAUGACACACAUGCGGAGCAGGACGUGCUCCGCUACAAGCCUCAGUUCCUGGACUGGCAGGACAAGACCGUCACCUUCGAGCUGCGAGAGAUCCAGCUCUUCUUCGCUCCCAAGACGAAGGCGUCCUACCGCUGUCAACAGGAGAAGGAGCGCAGCAUCUGUGUCUCUUCCUAUGGACGGAUCGGCAUCGUCAAGAAAGCCAAGAUGAAUGGUGACUCCCUUGCGUGCACCUACAGCGCAAGCGAUCAUGUCGCCAACAUUCGGAAGGCACAGCUCUCAGGCCAGACCUUGAGCAUGACCCUGAACGGGAGAGACUGGACAAUCACUUUCUCCAGCGCAGGGGAGGCGCAGAAAGCUGCGAGUGCCAUCCUCACUGUGGCAAUGAUGCUGUUCCAAGGGCCUCCUCCCUUCGAGCUCUCAGGGUCUGAGGUCAAGGACAGGUUCGUUCGCCCUGCCGAUGACAUCAUCAUCUCCUCGAACCUGCCGCCCGGCUGGAAGGUGUGCUAUUUCAACGAGGGUCCCCGGAAGUACACCUACUACAUGGACCUGAGAAACCUGCAGACAACUUGGCAGCUCCCAGCUGAUGUUGUUGAGAUGGUGUCACUCUCGACAAAGAAGAGGUAUCCCCGGUUCCUGGCUGACAGAGGCUUCUUCGUCUCCUUCGCCAUGUGGUCAAUCUAUUACGAGGUUCAGAGCAGUCUCGACCUGGAUCCUGAUUUCAUCUACAGAGGCUCCUUCCCCGUCAAUGACGUCUUCUCCUCUACCUCGGGCAUGGAGCCGUACUGGUGCAGGCCGGGCGCCGUCAACGCGCACGAUGGGCAGACGAGCACUGUUCUGAACCUCACCUUCUUCACCUCCAAGGCUUGCAACCUGACCAGCGACGGAACGAUCAGUGAGUCUUUCUUGGAUCGCGUCUGGCUGCCUGCCAUGCUGAACGCGCUGAGGCCGAACAAGUUCUUCACCGGCGUCAUCAUGGACGACGGCAAGGCUGACCCUAAGGCUGAGCCGAUGCAGUGGCCAUGGAGGACUGAGGACACUUUCAUACCAAACAGCUUCGGCAAGUUCCUGCAGAUGCUCAAGAUGUCGACCAAGAAGUUCGCUGAGCUCCGCCUCUCCCGCGGCUCCCUCAAGUGCGUGUUCCCUGAACAAAAGAACCCCUUGACGCAUCGGCUGGAAAUGAAGAUUGUGAGCGGCCGGCACAUGCCCAAGAAAGAUCUCUUCGGCAAGAUCGACACUUUUGUAGACUGCUCACUGAGUGGAGUGCAGACCUCUCCAGAGAAACUUUCAACGAGGUAUAUCCCUUCGGAGUACAACCCCGACUGGCAUCACGCGGAAAACUUCGGAGCGAUCCCCCGCUUUACCUUCUUCACCAGCAGCAACAAGUCAGUCCGAGCUGAGAACGUUGUGUGGGACCACAACACGGUCAAGUACAACGACCUGGUUGGUAACAUGCCGUUCGACAUCCCUUCGGACAAGCUCAUGCAUGAGAAUUGGUACCCUGUGUUCGAUCCAAAGUCGCAGAAGAAGAUUGUCGGCAACGAUAAGCAGGAAUCUCUCAUCCUCGUUCAAACUGAAUGGUCAGACUUUCACUCCGCCUCCUCCCUGUUCUCGGCCACUGGAGGAGGAGGAGCAGGGCAGCUUGCUGUGCUGGACUUGAGCGGUUGCACCGAGCUCACUCCUCAAGUUCUCUCCAGCACACUGCAGGGAGUCGGAAAGCUGAAGGAGCUGGUCCUUGGCUCUAUGGCUCCUGCCUGCGGUCCGGUGAUCGUCGAAAGCCUCAUCAAGAGCAUGUGGAGGAGCGGGUAUGCUGUCCCUCAAGCAUGGCGACCGGGCACCGAGUUCACGCUAGGGCAGAAGAGCGCGUACCUGACUGGCAAGUUCGUGGUAGUGAAAGGGCUCGGGCACGGGUGGGAGAUGAAGCAGACGCCGGACGGCAAGCAGUACUUCAUCAACCACAUCCGCAAGGGGACUCAGUGGGAGGCGCCCGGCAACGGCUUCGUCUUCGGGCAGGUGGCAGGAGUGAAGGAUGCAGAGAGCUGGGUGAUCGACGUGGAGGGUCUUACUAGAGUCGUGCCCCUCAAGGAGAUCGGGAUGAUCGCGCCGGAGCUCCGGCCAUGGGCCUCGUCCCUCAGGGUCCUCGACGUGAGUGACUUGCGCGUCAACGUCGAGCAUCUGCAGAGCCUCGCCGAGACCAUCGUCCUUAUGCCGAACCUGGCCACCAUCAAGCAGAGGAACGUGGACCCCUCCUUCCUCCUCAAUGCCAUGAGGUCCUGCAGGGAGAUCGGGGGUACCCUACCUCCCCUCCAGCAGAUCGACCUCAGCCAGCUCAACACGGGAGCUGUCUACGACUGGUCGGCCCUCGUCCCUGCCCUGUUGGCGGUACGAGAGACCCUCAACACGCCUGGUGCCGAGAUCAUGCUCAGCGGCCUGUUCAGCUCCUGCGACGUCGGCCAGCAAAUGAAGAUCUUUGGUGACCUCAUGAGUAUCCUGGAUUUGACCUCCCUCAGCACCAGCGUGAUUGAGGUGCCUCCUGCUGCGGGAGCUCAGACAGCCGUCCUGUCCGGCAUCAUCGAGAGCUCGAGGUUCUGUGGAAUUCUUGACUGCAGCGACAAGUCGUUGAGGAUCGUGACUGCGACCAUUCAAGGGAUGAAACGAAACUGCUUCAUCUCCGGACUCAUUCUGCGUCGCAUCGAGAAGCUCCCCAACAUGAUGUACCCGUUGGGAGAUACGAUGCUCUCUAAGGAGAUGGUGGAGAUGCUCCAGCAGAAUCAGACCAUGAAGAGCCUGGACAUGGCGGAGAACUCCAUGCUGCGCGUCGACUUUCCUCCCGGAGCCACCCUCGACACCGUCCCUAACUCCCACCUUUGCACGCGCAUCCUUGCUCGGAACAGCUGGCCCUCGGGUAGUGAGAUGACCAACGUGGCGGGGAUCUUGAAUGGCCUCGGUCAGAACAGGAGCAUCACUGCCCUUGACGUCAGGCUGUGCGACCUUUCAGAUGUUGGAGGCACAGCGCUGGGGCAGGCGAUGAGGAGCAACAGGACGGUGACAAGCCUCAAGUUCGACGUGAACGGGCUGUCGAUCGAGGGGAUCAAGGGCUUCAAGGGCUGCCUGUACGGCAACAAGAAGCUCGUCGACGUGCCUCCUCCUUACGUUGAUAUCAUGUGCCUCCUUGGACCCCAGGAGCAGAUCAUUCAGUCAUCCCUCCGAGAGGUACAGGAAGCCAAGGUCAAGAUCAAGAUCGCCUGCCGCGGCGGGCGGGUGAAGCCAUGGCUAGGCAACCCGGCCCUGAAGGCGAAGUCGCUCGAGGAGCUGCGCGCGGCUAAGAGGAGGGAGGGAGCUGCGAGGAGGUACAUGAAGAAAGUGCGCGAGACUGUGAAGGACGUGUGGGGGCGCAUCGAUGGCAACAAGCAACUGCAACAAGAGAAGAUGAUGGUGAAGGAGCAGAAACGGUACGAUCAGGUGAUGCGGCAGGAGGCGAAGAAGCAAAAGUUCCUCAGCCUGCGGUACAACAAGAUGAAGAAUGUGCAGUACAAGAGGUAUCGCUCAGGCGGCUACGGCCGUUACCGCCGUGACCGCUACUACCAUGACAACUACUACUACAACGAUCAUUACCAUCACGAUUAUGAUCGCUACGACGAUGAUUAUGACUUUGACGAUGACGGCAACGCCAUGAUGGCGGCGGACAUGAACGAGCAAGACCUUGCGGAGGAAGCCGCUCUGGAUGCGGACGGCGGAAAGGAGCAGGAUGGCGAACAGGAGCAGGACGAUGCCAAUGAUCUCGAGGACGUGGAGGGAUAUGGGGGAUCGGGACCCAGAGACCUCUGGGACGGGGGAGAGGAUCGAAGCCGCAACAUGAAGAUCAUGAGAGCAAUGAAGGCGAGUGUGGAGGAGCUGAACCUGGAGCUGGGGAAGCAAGAUCACCUGCUCCAGAGCGAGAUCGAUGCUGCUCUCGGCUGCAGCGUGCUGAAGUAUCAGACACUGCAGGCAUGGUUGAGCUCCAGUGUCGACCCGCAGGCCUCGGGAGUCGUUCUCGUCACCCAGGCUUCUCUUGAUCGCCUCCCAAGGCUGGAGGCGCAGCUGCUUGCAUGGAGAGGAGCUGCGUCUGUGGCCUUGUACGUCCCAUGGAGCGACCAGAGGCAAGAGACGGAAGACCGUCUGAACAGCAUUCGUGACAUGUACGGGCGGCUGCUGGACGCUGGAGUCGGCGGUGUAGUAGUGUCCAUCCUCUUCGGAAACUCUCCGUCAGAGCACGAGUACAACAACCUCUACCCCAUCAACGCUCUGCGCAACCUCGCCCUCAACACGUCGAAGUUCUGCGCUGCUGAGCUGGUGCUCCUAGUCGACGUCGACUUCCUGCCCUCCAAGGCGUUGGUGGACAAGUGCCAGGAUGAGGAGUACCUCGCAGCGAUGCGGCAGGCAAGCGCGAUCGGGAGCAUGUUCAGCAGCACAGAGCCUUACGAGGUGGAGUACCAGAGCAACUACGAGCCCUACGUCAUCAUGAAUGUCAAGACUGUCCCCAAGUAUGACGAGAGGUUCAGGGGGUACGGCAUGAACAAGAUCUCGCACUUGUACGAGGUCAGCAGAACCCACCGGCUGGUGGUGCUGCCACAAGUCUUCAUCGCGGCCUACGAGCACGCCAAGUCCACGUCAUGGGAGCGAACCUUCGGGGAGAAGAGAGACCCGGCGCAUGCUGUCAGGAUCGCUGUCUUGUGGGGGAGGUUCAGGCAGGAGAAGGACUCCGAGUAUUCCGACAAGGUCGACCGCCUUGCUCCUGCUGUCCUCUCUUGGCCCAGCAAGAGGUCAGAUCCAACUGCAGCAGUUCAAACCUCGCACGCGCUCGUGGUGUCAUUCGCUCGCCGUCGGAAACCUCUGCGAAUGUUCGAGAGGUCGAGGAGCAAGCUUCAGGAGCUGCUGGCAUCGAGGUGCCCCAGACGCCAUCCAACGCUGCUCUCAGCCGAGGCAUUCUAA